UUGCUCGCUUUAAAAAUGCUGCUUUGGAUUCUGUUGCUGGAGACGUCUCUUUGUUUUGCCGCUGGAAACGUUACAGGGGAUGUUUGCAAAGAGAAGAUCUGUUCUUGCAAUGAGAUAGAAGGGGACCUACACGUAGACUGUGAAAAAAAGGGCUUUACAAGUCUGCAGCGUUUCACCGCCCCGACUUCCCAGUUUUACCAUCUAUUUCUGCAUGGCAAUUCCCUCACUCGACUUUUCCCUAAUGAGUUCGCUAACUUUUAUAAUGCGGUUAGUUUGCACAUGGAAAACAAUGGCUUGCAUGAAAUCGUUCCUGGGGCUUUUCUGGGGCUGCAGCUGGUGAAAAGACUGCACAUCAACAACAACAAGAUCAAGUCUUUUCGAAAGCAGACUUUUCUGGGGCUCGACGAUCUGGAAUACCUCCAGGCUGAUUUUAAUUUAUUACGGGAUAUAGACCCGGGGGCCUUCCAGGACUUGAACAAGCUGGAGGUACUCAUUUUAAAUGACAACCUCAUCAGCACCCUACCUGCCAACGUGUUCCAGUAUGUGCCCAUCACCCACCUCGACCUCCGGGGAAACAGGCUGAAAACGCUGCCCUAUGAGGAGGUCUUGGAGCAAAUCCCCGGCAUUGCCGAGAUCCUGCUAGAGGAUAACCCAUGGGACUGCACCUGUGAUCUGCUCUCCCUGAAAGAAUGGCUGGAAAACAUUCCCAAAAAUGCCCUGAUCGGCCGAGUGGUCUGCGAAGCCCCCAACAGACUGCAGGGGAAAGACCUCAAUGAAACCACCGAACAGGACUUGUGUCCUUUGAAAAACAGAGUGGAUUCUAGUCUCCCAGCGCCCCCUGCCCAAGAAGAGACCUUCGCUCCUGGCCCCCUGCCAACUCCUUUCAAGACAAAUGGACAAGAGGACCAUGCCACCCCAGGGUCUGCUCCAAACGGAGGUACAAAGAUCCCAGGCAACUGGCAGAUCAAAAUCAGACCCACGGCAGCGAUAGCGACUGGCAGCGCCAGAAACAAACCCCCAGCCAACGGCUUGCCCUGCCCUGGGGGCUGCAGCUGCGACCACAUCCCAGGGUCGGGUUUAAAGAUGAACUGCAACAACCGGAACGUGAGCAGCUUGGCUGAUUUGAAACCUAAGCUCUCCAACGUGCAGGAGCUUUUCCUGCGAGAUAACAAGAUCCAUAGCAUCAGAAAAUCGCACUUUGUGGAUUAUAAGAAUCUCAUCCUGUUGGAUCUGGGCAAUAAUAACAUCGCCACCGUAGAGAACAACACUUUUAAGAACCUUUUGGACCUCAGGUGGCUGUAUAUGGAUAGUAACUACUUGGACACGCUGUCCCGGGAGAAAUUCGCCGGGCUGCAAAACCUCGAGUAUCUGAACGUGGAGUACAAUGCGAUCCAGCUCAUCCUUCCUGGAACCUUCAAUGCCAUGCCCAAACUGAGGAUCCUCAUUCUCAACAACAACUUACUGAGGUCCCUACCCGUAGACGUGUUCGCUGGGGUCUCGCUCUCUAAGCUCAGCCUGCACAAUAAUUACUUCAUGUACCUCCCAGUGGCAGGGGUGCUGGACCAGUUAACCUCCAUCAUCCAGAUAGACCUACACGGAAACCCUUGGGAGUGCUCCUGCACUAUUGUGCCUUUCAAACAGUGGGCAGAACGCCUGGGUUCCGAAGUGCUGAUGAGCGACCUCAAGUGUGAGACGCCGGUGAACUUCUUUAGGAAAGAUUUCAUGCUUCUCUCCAAUGACGAGAUCUGCCCCCAGCUGUACGCGAGGAUCUCGCCCACGUUAACUUCGCACAGUAAAAACAGCACUGGGUUGGCGGAGACCGGGACGCACUCCAACUCCUACCUAGACACCAGCAGGGUGUCCAUCUCCGUGUUGGUCCCGGGACUGCUGCUGGUGUUCGUCACCUCCGCCUUCACCGUGGUGGGCAUGCUCGUGUUUAUCCUGAGGAACCGAAAGCGGUCUAAGAGAAGGGAUGCCAACUCCUCGGCGUCCGAAAUUAAUUCCCUACAGACAGUCUGUGACUCUUCCUACUGGCACAAUGGGCCUUACAACGCAGAUGGGGCCCACAGAGUGUAUGACUGUGGCUCCCACUCGCUCUCAGACUAA